AUGGAAGCUUUGAAAGACUUGAACGACAAAAUCCUUGCUGACUUCGAGUGUGUUGUAUGCACAGAAUACAUGCACCCACCAAUCAUUCAAUGCAUCGAAGGACACAGUGUGUGCAACGAGUGCUACAAGAAAUUGGGAAGCUGUCCAACUUGCCGCCAAAAGUUCAACACCGAAUGCAGACCGCUGGUCCUGGAACGACUUCACAACAAGAUCAAAUUUCCAUGCAAAUACCGUGAGAGCGGAUGCCAAGAAGAACAAUAUGGGUUUGAUAUACAGAAACAUCAAAUCGACUGUGAAUUUGCGCCACCGAAGAGCGAGACACCUCCACCAUCGGCGAACAGAAAUUACGAACAUCAAGUAUACACCUACCUAUCAAUGUUGGAAGAGUUAGCUGACUUAUAUAUUGACUAG